CCAAUUUAUUAGUUUGAGGAUGUUAACAGCGAAAAUAUUACACUUUUGCAAACAGAAGCAGAGAUGAAACCAAUUUCGAAUUGCGAACGUUUAAAGUGAUAAAUCGACCGGAUAUUGAAGGGGUGUGCGGAAGCAUUUGCUCUAAUUGAUGUUGUUGAAGUGAAAUUAGUUUUUAUCGUUGCUGUUCCAGGUGAAACACGCAGGAUAGCAUGCUCAAAAUCUUAUUGGUUAUGGCAAGUAUCACAACGAAAAUCAGCAGCGACAACUUUACAAUCGGAUACUUAACUGGAUCGCAAAGAAGACCAGGAGACCGAGAAUAUUCCCGUCCAGGUUUGACAAUAUCGGGAGCCAUUUCCUUGGCAGUGGAAGAAGUGAAUCGAACACUGGCAAAACGCGGCCAUCAGAUCUACUUUAUUGUUGAGGAAACUUUCGGCGAAGAAAUAAUCAGUGUCCAGAAAACCGCUGAUUUGUGGACGCGCAAUGUUUCCGCUUACAUUGGCCCUCAGGAGACUUGCGAGCAUGAAGCCUUUAUGGCUUCGGCUUUUAAUGUGCCCAUGAUUUCCUAUUUCUGUACUUAUUCGGCUACGUCUGAUAAGGCCAAAUUUCCAACGUUUGCCAGAACCAGACCUCCGGACACACAGAUAUCCAAGUCGGUUGUUUCGGUUCUGACUGCUUUUAACUGGACUCAUGUAGUGUUGUUGUACCUGAAAUCCCCAGAGUUUGAAUUCAUUAACAUCGCCACAAUCCUAAAGGACACUUUGCCUGUUUUCGGAAUAACGAUAAUUGCAACGAAAUUUUGGGAUUCUCCCUACCAUCAUGGAUACAUGGACAAUCCAUUUGUUAAGCUGGUGGAAGAGACUUAUCGCGACACUAGAAUUUUUGUCAUACUGGGUCAUCAUUAUGAGCACUUAGGCUUAAUGAUCGCCAUGGAGGAAAAGAAACUUUUCGAUAAAGGCGAGUACUUUGUGGUUGGAGUCGACAUCGAACAAUACGACGACAAAAAUCCUUCCAAAUACCUGCGCGGGCUUUUGAGGGAUUCAGACUUUCCCAACGAUCCAGUGGCUCAAAGAGCCUACAAAAGCUACUUGGGAAUAGUUCCAUCCAGUCCAGUUGGGUUUGAGAAUUUCACCGUGAUGGUGAACAACUACAUGGAGAAGCCUCCAUUCAGUUUUCCCAAUCCCUUGUCUCAGUUCGGAGGUGGAAAGUUGGUAAGGAGUUGGCAGUUAGUUGCAAGUCUGAGAAAACCUCAGAACUUCUUGCAGAUUAGGGCUGAGGCUGCUUAUUUGUAUGAUGCUGUUCACGUCUAUGCAAAGGCUCUAAUGAAGGUGAUGGAUAGCGGAGGUGACCCUAGAAAUGGAACUGCUAUAGUGGAAGCUAUGAAAAACACCCAUUACAAGAGCGCAAUGGGGUACAUCGUCUUUAUGGACGAAAACGGCGACGCUGAAGGCAACUACACAUUAAUUGCCCGGAAAGUUUUGAGGCAUAACAAGGAACAAUUCGGCUUAUUUCCCGUUGGGAUAUUUGCUCGAACCGCGUCCCGAUUGCCUGUUCUUCACUUAAUUGACAGUAUUGAUUGGAUCAACGGAGAGCCUCCGAUUGCAGCCCCCUUUUGUGGAUUUCGAGGAGAAAAAUGCAUCACCCAUACGAUAGAGAUAACUGGUGGAGUGGCUGGUGGCGUUGUAUUGAUCAUGUUAAUUAUUUGUUUGGUGUUAUACCGGAACUGGAAAUACGAACAGGAACUAGAUAGCCUGUUAUGGAAAAUCGACUACCGCGAUAUGGAAAUCAACGGUGAACCGAACAGCAAUGUAGUCGGAAACAAGCUGCCCCGAUCGAACCAGCCGUUUAUCAGAACCAGUCAAGUGUCCCUAAGCUCCAAUCCGGACGCAGAUUUCCGAUACUCGACGAUUUUCACCCAAAUAGGCAUUUACAAAGGACGCGUGUUUGCCAUCAAGAAAGUGCACAAAAAGUCCAUCGACAUCACUCGCGAAAUGAAAAAAGAGCUGAAAUUGAUGAGAGAUUUGCGUCAUGACAAUCUAAUUGCUUUCAUUGGAGCGUGCACUGAUCCACCAAAUAUUUGCAUAGUCACUGAAUAUUGUACACGUGGAAGCUUAAAAGAUAUCUUGGAGAAUGAGGAUGUUAAAUUGGACAAUAUGUUUAUCGCAUCCCUCGUUGGCGACAUUUUAAGGGGCAUGAUCUACCUUCACGAGUCCCCAAUACGAUUCCAUGGAGCCUUAAAUUCAGCAAACUGUUUGGUGGACUCGCGCUGGGUGGUGAAAUUGAGCGACUUCGGUUUGAGGGAAUUUAAAAAAGGUUCCGAUGACUUUUCCCUCAAAGAUCCGGCACGAAUCAGAGAAAAAUGCUACAAGUUGCUUUAUAGAGCACCAGAGCUGUUACGCUUGCAGGAUUCGUUCCUGGCAAAGGAUCAGCCCAUGGGCACGCAAAAGGGCGAUAUUUAUUCUUUCGGGAUAAUUCUGUUUGAGCUGCACAACCGGCACGGUCCUUUUGGCGAUUUACCCUUUUCACCAGGGGAGAUUCUAAAUAAAGUGAUCCAUUGUUCCAAUCCGGCGUCCCCCUUCAGGCCCCCUUUGGAUAAACUGGAAAACAGUUGCGAUUUUGUGAAAGACUGCCUGAAAGAGUGCUGGAUGGAAGGGCCCGAAGAGCGGCCCGACUUUAAAAGUAUACGAACAAAACUGCGGCCCUUGAGGAAGGGAAUGAAACCCAACAUAUUCGACAACAUGAUGGCGAUGAUGGAAAAGUAUGCCAACAAUUUGGAGGUUCUGGUCGAUGAACGAACCGAUCAGCUGCAGGAAGAAAAGAAAAAGACUGAAGCCCUGCUGUAUGAAAUGUUACCGAAACCUGUGGCAGAUCAGCUCAAGAAGGGGAACAAAGUGGAGGCGGAAGGUUUUGACUGUGUCACCAUAUAUUUUAGCGAUAUUGUUGGAUUUACUGCCAUGUCUGCGGAAAGUACGCCCUUGCAGGUGGUGAAUUUUUUGAACGACUUGUACACAUGCUUCGACUCAAUUAUAGAAAACUAUGAUGUUUAUAAAGUGGAAACUAUCGGAGACGCCUAUAUGGUGGUGAGCGGGCUUCCAAUAAAAAACGACUAUCAACAUGCAGCAGAAAUUGCCACAAUGUCGUUGCAUUUGCUUUCUGAAGUGAAAAACUUCACGAUAAGGCACAGGCCAGGUCAAAGACUGAUGUUGCGAAUUGGCAUUCACUCUGGGCCAGUAUGUGCAGGAGUAGUUGGCCUAAAAAUGCCCCGCUACUGUCUUUUUGGCGACACAGUGAACACUGCUAGCAGGAUGGAAUCAACUGGGCAACCAUUGAAAAUCCAUUGCAGUAGAGCUUGCAGAGACUUGCUAAGCAGAUUGGGAGGAUACCAGCUGAUUGAGAGAGGUCUGGUGACCAUGAAGGGGAAAGGAGAUCAGCAAACCUACUGGCUGUUGGGGGAGGACUUCCACUUCAGAAAAUUGCGCAAGGAGUUGCGGGAGAAGCGAAGAGCCGAAUGGAGAGGACGAACUGUUCGAACAUCAAACCCAGAUGGAAAUGGCCAUUAUAUCGUGACUCGAAGUUCGCUGAAAAAUAAAAACAGCAUUGUAAGAAGCCCAAUUCCGAGGUGUUCGUCAUUCGAAAGCCCGAAGCGACUGCGGUUUGCGAAUGGGGACCAUCUGGAGAAAAGAAGCGAGAAUAAAUAUUUGGAGGCAAUCACCGACAAUAGUCCAUCUAGGAAAGAUUUCCAGUGCUUGGAUUCGGAUUCUUUAGUCACGCCGUACACGAUAGACUGUUGCGCUGAUAUCUGGAAAGCCGCAUCCACAUCUUGCCCUUGCAUCGAAAACCUGGCAACUUCCGCAGCGUUGGUGGCCCAAACGCAACUGGCGAUCCUCUCGGAUGACCAGAAGCUGGCCAGGCCGAUUUGCUACAGUGUUCCAACUCUCUGUUGCCAUUUAUCGGUGCCUCAGGGUAUUCCUGUUCAUACCAUAUCGGCUCCCACCAGCCCGCGCAAGCAGGAAGUGGAUCUUUUGGCGCGAUAUUCGCGCGAUGCGGAGGAAAUCCCGGUGUGGACCGAAUCCGCGCCUUUGCUGAAGAUCACCACACCGUUGGACUCCGAGACGACUUGUGUUUAAAAGGCUGAUUUUUACGAAUAUAGGUGUUUGAAUGUUAGCUCAAUUCUAGUGGAAAUUUUCUUAUCUAGUCAUUUACUGUCCAAACCUAAGCUAAUGUAUACCAAAGUAUUAACUAUUUAAUGAAAGUGAAUAAAUAUUAUAUCAUAACUCGGC